AUUCGCCGUAAUUACACAUUGACUUUUCGUCAUCGCGAAAGGCCAUCCCGCCGCGCUGGGCUCGAUCUUGAACGAGGUUACGCGAUCGCAUCCAUAUCCACCAGACGGCAGCCCAAACAGCUAGACAUUCAACUUAGCUUGACGUGCUUUUUCUUUCCAGCUUUCUUCCACCUGCACACAAGGCACGAACAACUUUCUGGCUUUUUGCGGACCAUGUCGCAAGACAAUGGACUCUGGAGCGUCCGGAGACCCAGGGAGCAGACCCUAGGAGGGCUCAACCUGAACUCGGGUAUCCCGCAACCCUCCUCCACCAUGAAGCGAUCCAGCGCCAUCGGCAGCGCCAGCCACGGCCGCUCCGUGUCCGGGUCGCGCCAUUCGCUGGCCAUGUCGCGCCCGAACCAGCCAUUAUUCCAGCGCUCCUCGUCCGGCACAAACCUUGCUGACAUCGGCCUGUCCUCGGUCAAGCGCGCCUCGGUCGCGGGCUACAACCCCAGCACCACGGCUGCGCUGAAGCCAUACCACACCCCCGGCCCGUCCACCGACCAUGAACGCCGCAGCAGCGUCUACCGCGCCCGCCCCUCCACGAUCGCCGGCCCCAUGGGCGGCCACCAGAGCUUCUUCCAGCAGGCCCCCCAGGCGGCCGGCGUACCGCGAGACCCGCGACCGCUCAAGGACAGGUCAUACCAGAACCGGCUGGGGCAAGAGCUGAUCGAGUACAUGGCCAAGCACAACUUCGAGAUGGAGAUGAGCCACAAGCUGUCGGACAAUUUUAUCAGAUCGCCGACGCAGAAGGACUUCAACUUCAUGUUCCAAUGGCUCUACCGGCGCAUCGACCCGAGCUACCGCUUCCAGAAGAACAUCGACCAGGAGGUGCCGCCGCUGCUGAAGCAGCUGCGGUACCCGUACGAGCGGAGCAUCACCAAGAGCCAGAUCGCCGCCGUCGGCGGCCAGAACUGGAGCACCUUCCUGGGGCUGCUGCACUGGAUGAUGCAGCUGGCCCAGAUGCUGGAGCGCUACUCGGUCAACCAGUACGUCGACGCGUGCCUGGAGGCCGGCGUCGACGUCACGGGUGAUAACAUCAUCUUCGACUUCCUGACGAACGCCUACCAGGACUGGCUCAACAUGGACGACGAGGCCGGCGACGAGGACGUGGAGAAGGCCCUGGCGCCGCACGUGCAGGCCAUGGCGCGGGAGUUCGAGCGGUCCAACGCCAAGUACGUGCAGGAGCUGGAGAUGCUCGAGGGCGAGCACGCGCGGCUGCUCAAGGAGAUCGAGGAGCUCGAGAAGUCGAUGCCCGACCCGGCCGUGCUGGACAACCAUUUUAGGAUCAUGGAGGAGGACAAGGCCAAGUUCGAGGAGUACAACACGCUGGCGCUGCAGCGGUCCGAGAAGUACGAGGCCCGCAUCCAGGUGCUGCAGGAGGAGCUCGACAAGCUGCAGGGCGAGCUGCGCGAGGCCGAGGAGGAGCGCCGCCGGCUGAAGGAGGCCGUGGACGACCAGGGGAUCAGCAUGCAGGAUAUCGACCGCAUGACUGCCGAGCGGGAGCGUCUGCAGAAGAGCAUCGAGUCGGCCGAGCAGCGGCUGGACGACGUCAAGCGGAAGGUGGCCGAGAAGGAGCUGGAGGCCAGCCAGCGCCUGGACGACCUCGAGCGCAUGGUCGACCGGUACAACACAAUCGCGUACCAGAUCGGCCUGAUUCCCGCGACGGCGGUUAACGCGAAGGGCCGCGACUACGAGCUGCAGCUCAUGGUCAACGAGGGGCCGCCCGCCUUCACGUCGUCGCAGCUGCAGGGCUCCGGCUCGGCCGUGCAUCCCGAGAGCGACCGGCUGCUGGCGGACCCCGUGACGGGCUACCAGCCGGCGCACGUGCUCAACCUGGACCUCCGGGGGCAGGUUAAGAACAGCUUCCUGGGGCUGCGCAAGGAGAUCUCGGAGCGGCGCAAGGCCGCGCUCGACGCCAUGAUGGAGGACCACGACCUGCUGGACCGGGCCAAGGAGGCCAUCGAGGACAAGCGCAGCGAGGUCGAGGCGCUCGAGCACCGCGUGCGCGCCGCCGAGGAGGAGUACGAGAAGACCAAGGAGGUCACGACGGCCCAGAAGCUCGCCUCGGACGCCCAGAUCGAGAAGAUGGAGAAGGAGCUCGCCAAGAUGCGCGCCCAGCUGUCCGAGUCGGUUCAGCUGAUGGAGCAGCGCGAGAUGAACACCAAUAUCGAGUACGAACAGCUCACCCUCCGCGCCAACGCGCUGCGCGAGGAGCUGCACACCGAGACGAUGCGCAUGCUCAACGACGUCAUCAAGUUCAAGAUGCACAUCCAGAAGAGCCUGGAGGAGUACGAGAGCUUCGUGGCCGACGAGCUCGAGAAGGAGCUGGGCAGCGACGAGAUGCGGGACGAUAAUACCCAGGCGUUGGACUUGUAGCGUCCUUCCCCUUCUUUUUCUUUUUGUCAUUUUCAUCUUUUUCUCUUGCCAUGAACUUGGUAUUGCGUCAUGUCUGGAUGACUCUGGUCGGGAUAGGUCAGGAUACGGGGUGUUGGCGUAGGAGGUUCUGGGGGCUAAGGCAGAGUUGCAUGGGUGGGUGGGUUGUUUGAUGUAGAGGGAGGGUGUUGAUUCAAAAACAUGAACCACGGAGUUUCCGGCUGUGUUGAGACAGCUGAGCUUGUUUACGUCUCUCGCAUGUUCGGUCUAGUUGCCGGUAUCUGUGUCAUGUAUGUAUGGUGUAGGCUGGCCGGCAGGAUGCCUUGCGUGGAAGGGAGCCUGGAAUAACCUCAUGGAGGAACGCCAGAAGGUAACAGUCAGCGAGAGGGCC